GUCUCUAGACACUAGUGGCGUUAAUAUUACUCGUCCUCGUCGUUCUCUCUCUAUUUUUCAUUCGCUUUCGCUUUUUUAUAUUUAUUUAUUUUAUUUUCAUUUUAAUCGAAAAACCAGUAACCACGCAACCUUUAAGCAAAGCGUAAGGAGAGAUCCAAGGCACACUCUCUCCCGCCCAUAACUCCCCUCCUUCGCUUCACCCCCGAAAAUUCUGAACCUUAAUACUUCCUCUUCUCCCUCUAAAUCUAUCCAAUCCAACCCAAUCGGCAUCGCUGCUCAUUCUGUGAUGAACAACCACCAGUUGGCUGGAACCUUGUGGUGGGUGAGGAUUCUGGUUGGUUGAAUUCAUUUCAAAAUUCAGUUGCAGAAGAAGUACAAUUCUGCUUGCUUAGGAAGCACAUCCAAGAUUACCUAGAAGAACUUUUCUCUAAUUUGAGUUUUUUACUUGAAAAUGGCGAGGGGUGGCAGGGGCAGACGCAGACUUGGAGCCCGUAGGUACAGGUUAACUCCAUACCCAUCACCAUCUUGCCGUCGGGAGGUUUCAGUGAAGGAAUCACACCAGAAGAAAUGUUCCCAUGCUUUGGAGAAAAAAGACUGGGAAGAUGCAACCUGUUCAGUGUGCAUGGAAUACCCUCAUAAUGCUGUUCUUCUCCUCUGCUCCUCUCAUGACAAAGGAUGUCGUCCAUACAUGUGUGGUACCAGCUAUCGCUAUUCCAACUGCCUUGACCAGUACAAGAAAGCAUACACCAAAGUAAUGUCACCUCACUCUGUUGAACCAUGGCAUGGGUUGGGAGACAACCCUAUUGGUGGCUCAGGUUCUGGUUGGCCUAAUGAGAAAUGUGAAGUAGUGGACCUAGCAUGCCCUCUUUGCCGAGGGCAGGUGAAAGGUUGGACUGUGGUGGAACCUGCUCGUGAAUAUCUAAAUGAGAAGAGGAGGAGCUGCAUGCAGGAUGAUUGCUCAUUUGUUGGAACUUUCAAGGAGCUCAGGAAGCAUGUGAGGGCAGAGCACCCAUCUGCACGACCCCGUGAGGUGGACCCUGUGCUUGAACAAAAAUGGAGACGGCUUGAGCAUGAGAGAGAGCAUGAUGAUGUGAUAAGCACAAUAAGGUCAUCUAUGCCAGGGGCAAUGGUCCUGGGAGACUAUGUUAUAGAAGGACGCCAUCGUGGCUUUGGUACAGAUAAUGAGGGGGAUGCUGACGAUGAUGAUAGUUAUGAUGUGGAUUUAGGAGAGAAUUUUUUUAAUUUAUUUCUUCUGUUCCAUCGCAACAUGGGGGGAGUCAACCUUAACACACGCCUGAGGAGGUUGGAGAGGGGUUACCACCGCCCAUUGGAUGAAAAUGGCCGUGGUGGAAUCUCUCGUAUCGCAGCAACUGGUGGUGCAGCCAGUGCAGGAGAUGACGAUAAUAAUCAUGGUUCCCCUGUUGGCCACCACAGAGGCAGAGUGGUGGAUUUGGGGAGGUCACAUAGGAGGCUAAAUCGUAGAAAUCGCCAGAGAAUGGGGACAAUGUGACCUGAAAGAAUUAAGUGGGGGAUGAUAAUUGUGUAGGGUUAGUUUGGUAGAUAUUAGCAUUUGACUGUUUUGCCCCCCUCUUCAUCAGUACAUUGAUGUCUCAUUUAAUUGUGGAAUGCCAUGUUACAGUGUUGCUGUUAAAAUCAGUAAGAAAUCCUUCUUUUUUCUC